AUGUCCGUGUCUCUGUUCCUGUGUCCUAAUACACCCGGGUAUACCUACGCUCAAGGAUUUAUUACUAAUUCAGAGGCCAAUAGGUUUACGAGCCUACUCGUCCUGCUUGUUUUGUCUUCGCUGGAGCGCACGUGUGGCUCCGACCCGGUUUCUUGUCUGCCUCGUUUACGGUGUGCGCUUCAGAGGUAUUCUGACUCAGGCAGUCGGGUGGGCGGUCGGUCAGGCAGCCAGGCAGGCGGACCAGCGAGCUCGCCCUGCUCCCGCGACAGCCCUGUAACCCCAUCCCGCCUGCGACCUUACCGGCCCCGGCGAUGGCUCAUUCUGGGGCCAUCCAACCAGACGCCCUUAACUUGGCCCCACACUGCUCCACACACUUGCACUAACACCUUCACACUGGCGUACACACCUAUGCACAAGCGCACGCACACGUAUUCGCGUGCAGACGACUACCGAAACUUGCUGCGUCCUCGACUUCGUUCUCUUCAUCCAGGCGUAGUCUCCAGAUUGCCGGACCUCGUGUGUGGGCAUCUUCGUGUCUUUCGCCCUCUUCUCUGCCCCUAUGCAUACCUUAUGCUUGCGGGGUUGGGCCAAAUACAGUUGACUGAAGAAGUCCGAACGUCCGGAACAGAGGGCACUGGGAGGCAGGGCUCAACUGUCGUUUCUUGUGCCAACUUGGCGACUCCUGUCGAUGUUUGUCGGCUACGGCACGUCAAAUACUCCAGCUGGCUUCUUGAACGGGAUUGUUUGAAUCUAGAAUAUCAUCUGAACGUUAUUAUAUGA